AUGAACAUAUGUUCUUUAUGGUUCCUCUUAGUACUUGUAGGCUGCAUCUUCAGUAGAAGGGCAACCGGUGCUAAAUCUUCUAAACGUAGUCAGAAUGUCGGCACCGUUUUAUUUGAGAGAAACGAUUAUGGAAAGCAAUGCUGGACUAGCGAAGAAUUUGCCGUCCUUAACAGCCGAAGAAUAUUCCAAGACAUUUUGCCCGAGGUGAAAGUCAUCGAUCCGCAAAACGAUCAGUACAUAGCGCACCUGAUGGACUAUUUUCACACAUGCCUCGAGAACGUGCGGAGGUUGUCCGUGGGCAAAACGAAGCAUCUGAUGCUGAAAGCUUUGGCUGACACACUGGGCGGUUACUUGCGGGUCUACAUCCUGCCUCUCACGAGACACUCCUAUUACGCGGGGAAUAUCAAAUAUCGCAACGCGAAGAUGCUGUUCGACCUCUUCGACGAGCUGAAGACCUUCCUGCGGACGAACGGUGCCGGCUGGUCGAAGCCCAGCCAAGACGUCCGAGACGUCAAAAUCCCGUCCAUCGCGAUCACACCGCCGAAAACGUCGCUCGCUUGUAACGGACUCAUCACGUAUUCGGCGCUAUCUGAGCGCAACAGCGGAGAUUACCGAAGUUUCACGUUCAAAAGAAAGAAACGUUCUACGGUGAAGCGGGGAAACGCAAGACGCGCGAUCAAUGGAUAUAAUAAGGAAAAUGCGGCGGACGAAAUCGUAAUACCACUCCCGUUCCUCGAUAACGAAGUGGAGCCCAACAGCAUCGCCCUGCCCUUCAAAACCGACAGCUUGCAGUCAUUGUACUCGGAGAAGUCGGCUUUCGCGCUCGUAAAGUACUACAUUGUCAGCGCGAAGUGCAUUGCCUCGCGAUCGAGCACGAGAACGCAGUUGCGGAUGUUCAACAAGGACUUGCACAGCUGGUUGCGACAAUCCGUGCUUCGACACUUGGACGACGAGAAAUGGUAUCCGGCAUUCGGGGGUGUUCUGAGAGUAAUGGCUACCUCGCGGGAAUCGGGGUCAGGUAAAGAUACCACGAAGAGCGAGGCAAGCGGGGCUUAUCAAGUGAUGCCCAAAGUAAUCACGGGACGUAAGAGUCACACGGAUAAGAGCGUGUCGUCGCUUUAUAAAGACGACAACACGACGACGCUCGGAACCACGGAGAUCGUGAUUAUAGCGGUGGUGUCCGCGUUGGUGGUGUGGUUGCUGGUGGGUCUGUGCUUGGUGUGCUACAGAUUCCUCAGCAAGGACUCGGAGAGAUGCUCACCCUGCGAGUCGAAGAACACUCCAUUCGCGGUGCUGUACAAGAACGCGGACUACUGCGAGCCGGAUACGUGCCCUUCGAGGUCGUCGCGCACGGGUGUAGUUGAAAAAUUGAAGGAAUUGUGGAGAAGCAGGUUUGGUCGAUGCCCAGGGGGAUGUCAGAAGCACGAGGAUGAGGAACGUUGCUUAGCCGCGAUCAAUUACUGCAGCAAAGACACCGUCAGCAACAGCAGCAGGAUUUAUUCGUGGGCGUAUAUUUGGAAGAAGAAAUACACUAAGUCCACUUCCGCGUUUCCAUCAGGAUCGCUCAGAGGUCGCACGUCUUCCAAAAGGAAAGAUUCAAGUAAGGACUAUUAA